AUGAAGUUCAACAACAAAACACAUUUCACUUUCAGCUCCAAAUCCACCAUGCUUGCACUCGCAGUAUUCCUGCUCCUGCUCACCGAAACCACAACAGGGUGGUCCAAGCAAGAAGCACUGAGGACGACCCAUGAUCGAGGAGGAUGCAUCGCCAGGGAGAGGGAAGCUCUGUUGUCCAUCAAAGCCGGCAUCACGGCUGACCCAGAUGGCUUACUCUCGUUGUGGCGAGGGCAGGACUGCUGCCGGUGGGAGGGUGUGAGCUGCAGCAACAUGACCGGCCAUGUCAUCAAGCUCGACCUCCAUAAACGGGACGACCAGUCUUCCCUGGAAGGUGAGAUAAGCUCUUCUCUAAAAGACCUCCAGCAUCUGCAGCACCUGGACCUUGGCGGGAAUGAGGAUCUCACCGGGCCUGGAGGACGCCUCCCAGAGUUCUUAGGAUCUCUUGGUGACCUGCAGUACCUCAACCUCUCCAGCCUGGAUUUUUCUGGCACAGUGCCCCAUCAACUUGGCAACCUCUCGAGGUUGUUAUACCUCGAUCUGAGCAUCGAUCUGAGAUCUUAUUAUGGUCUAUCUACAGAAUUGCACCAAGAAGAUCUCUCAUGGCUGCCACAGCUCUCUUUGCUCAAACAUCUUGACAUGAGUUAUGUGAACCUCAGCACUGUGAUAGGCUGGGUUGACACAGUAAACAAGCUCGCUGCUCUUGAGGUCCUCAAGCUAUCGUCAUGUUCGCUUAAUAACACAGGCCACUUUGUGUCCCGCUCGAAUCUCACCAUGCUUGAGAUCCUUGACAUCUCUGGCAAUUCAAUUGAAAUGCAGUUCAAGGCUAUCAGUUGGGUUUUGGAUGCAACCAGCCUCAUAUAUCUCAGCCUUGAGUAUAGCGGUAUAUAUGGCACGUUUCCUGCACAUUUGGGAAACUUCACCUCACUUGAAGUCCUUCAGCUGAGUGGUAACUAUCUGAAGGGAAUGAUACCAGAUGCACUCACGAGCCUCUGCAGGCUGAGAAUAUUUGAACUGGCAGGGAAUGAUGUUCAAGGGGACAUGACAGUUUUAAUCGAUAGAUUCAACAAGCUUACAGGACCUCUGACAACUGGGAUAGGUAUGCUUUCUAACCUGAUUUAUCUAAACCUAGGCUACAAUCAGAUGGAUGGGCUCAUCACUCAAGGUCACUUCGCCAAGCUUACAGAGUUGCGGCACCUACACUUAUCUGGAAAUUCCUUUACCAUGGAGCUGAACUCUGACUGGAUCCCUCCGUUCAGAUUACAGUCACUAGGAUUAACAUCAUCGUGUCUUGGGCCGAGAUUUCCUCAAUGGCUUAAAUCACAGAAGAAUAUCUCCUUCCUUUAUAUGUCUGGUACUGGCAUAGUUGAUACCAUGCCUGAUUGGUUUUGGACCGUAUUUAUAGGGGCUGAAAUUUUGGACCUCUCCAGCAAUAACAUAGGUGGCAAAUUACCGGCUACUCUUGGACAAAUGGGAGCUGCUGUCUUAGAUCUAAGCUCGAAUCAAUUCACAGGUUCAGUACAACAGCUACCUCAGUACAUAACUGAAUUGGAUCUCUCAAGCAACUUUUUGUCAGGGCCUCUACCAUUGAGUUUAUGGCCAAUAUAUAGAGAGAGUUUGUUUCUUUCUAACAACUACUUCACAGGCACUAUCCCGGCAUCGUUAUGCCAAGUGCAGUCCCUGAGAUAUCUUGACAUUGGAAAUAAUAUGAUAACAGGUCACUUCCCUCGAUGUUCAGAACAUGUGACAUCAAGUUCAGCAAUGGUAACGCAUAACACAACCUCUCUGGAUAGUGAUUCAAGCUCUACCAUGCCACUAUCUAUGUCAAUUGAGACUCUGAGGAUCGACAACAAUAGCCUCUCGGAAGAAUUCCCUCUGUUAAUACAGAAUUGCCCAGAAGUAACUUUUCUUGAUCUUGGGCAAAAUAAGUUUUCUGGGAGCAUACCAGAAUGGAUUGGACAGAAAUUGCCACAACUGAGAUAUCUGUGUCUCAGAUCCAACAUGUUUUCUGGCUAUAUACCUGCCCAGCUUAAAGAACUUCGUCAUCUCCAAUAUUUGGACCUAGCACACAACAACUUCUCAGGCUCUAUACCUCGGUCCCUGCUAAACAUGGAUGGCAUGACCGAAACCACAGAAUUAGCAGAUCCGGAUAUUCCGUCCGGCACUUCCAGCGGCAUUGUUGCUGUAGAUGAUGGCGAUGUUCCUGGUGGAUUUGCGUAUUAUUAUAUUGAUAGCAUAUUUGUAGUCACAAAAGGGCAAGGACGAGAAUAUAUUGGUCAAUCAAUAUACAUGGUGAGUCUAGAUUUGUCCUGCAAUCAUUUAACUGGAGAUAUCCCCAAAAGCAUUGGUCCGGCAUCCGGUUUAGUGAGCAUGAAUCUGUCUCUGAACCACUUGACUGGAAAAAUCCCAGAGAGCAUUGGCUCCAUGCGCUCACUGGAAUCACUUGAUCUCUCCAGCAACCAGCUCUCGGGUGAAAUCCCUUCAAGCCUGUCGGAUCUAACAUUGCUAAGCUACCUGAACUUGUCCUACAAUGAUUUAUCAGGAAGGAUACCGUCAGGGCACCAGCUCGACACACUCAACCCUGACAAUCCCGCGUCCAUGUACAUUGGGAACGCUGGAGUCUGCGGCCCUCCUCUCCGGAAGACUUGUCCAGGAAACCAUACAGCGGAAAGCCACCCUGCAGCGAGCAAAGAAGGAUCUGAGACGAUGCCCUUCUGUUUCGGAUUAAGCGUCGGCUUUGUGGUUGGCCUGUGGGUAGUGUUCUGCUCCCUUCUAUUCAAGAAAACCUGGAGGGUUUCCUAUUUCCAGUUCUUUGAUGAGGCUUGUGAUAAAAUGGAGUAUGUGUUUGUGGUUGUGAAUUGGGCGAGGAUGAGGCGGAAGGCGACCACUGCAGAUUGA